AUUAAGCUAUCGCUUUAAUAAUAAGAUACCUUACAUUACAUUACAACACAGCGCUAACAUGGAAGCUUUUUUCUCUCUCCUCUUAACUUGAUCGACAUUUUCCCCCUUUUUUUCCUCAAUUCUGUAAUAUUUCAAAUCCCUAAUUUUUCGGAAACCCUAGAAAUUCAUUAUUAUUACUCUUACAAUACAUUAAUUGAUCGCAUUAUAAUUUGUAAUUUUACGGAAUUAAUUUGAUUUGAUCGAUUUAUGAAGCGGUUUAGAAGAUGGCAGAGGAUCUUCAUCCUCUUCCUUCUAUCGAUUUCUGUGUUUGCGCCGCUUGUUCUUGUUUCAAUGAGACUAAAAACUCUCACUUCUGAAGGUGGAAGUGGAUUCGUUGAAGAUUUGCCAAAUAUUAUGCAGCAAAUCAAGUCAGAUGUAAUACUACUAAAUGCAGUUGGACAGGAGGAAGCAAGGGAGGAUGUAAAAGAGCCUAAUCCAGAUGUUUAUAGAGAUCAGAAUUACACUGUAGUUAAUUCUAGUCAAAAUCAGGGUGGAAAUUCGGCGGUGCCGGUUUUGAGGACCAGUGAGAGCAAGAUGCAUUAUAGAUCAGAGAGAAUUGCAAUUGAACAAAAUGUUGGAGAAAAAGUCAUUCAGCCAAGGGAAGAAACCACCAGAAAAAUCAAGGACCACACAAAUCAAAGAUCUAGUCAACAUGAUCAUGGAAUUCGAGCCCCACGUUUGACAACAGUUCCACAUGGCAACAGAUCGCCUUAUGCUACACGGAAGGCUACAGAUGAGAAGUUAAAGCAAAUGAAAGAUCAGGUGAUUAGGGCCAGGGCAUACCUGAGUUUUGCUACGGCUGCAGGUAAUACCCAUUUAGUGAAAGAGUUGAGGUUACGUAUAAAAGAAGUCGAGCGAGCAUCGGGGGAAGCCAGAAAAGAUUCAGAUUUGUCAAGAAGUGGCUUGCAGAAAAUCAAAUAUAUGGAGAACACCUUGUCAAAAGCAAAUCAUGUAUACCCGGUCUGCUCAAACAUGGCUAAUAAGCUCCGUGCUAUGACACACAGUGCUGAAGAACAAGUUCAGUCACAGAUGAAGCAAACAUCAUUUCUCACAGAGCUUGCAGGAAGAACAACUCCAAAAGGCCUUCAUUGUCUUUCUAUGAGGCUCACUACUCAGUACUUUACGUUGCAGUCUGAGCAGCAAAUUCUUCCCAAUCAGCAGAAUGUUUACAACCCAAAUCAUUUUCAUUAUGUUACCUUCUCUGACAAUGUCUUGGCCGCUGCAGUAGUGGUGAACUCCACAGUGUCAAAUGCCAUGGAACCAGAGAGAGUUGUCUUCCAUGUGGUGACAGAUUCUCUGAACUUUCCUGCAUUCUCCAUGUGGUUCUUAUUAAAUCCUCCAGGAAAAGCCACUGUCCAGGUCCUGAAUGGGCAAGAUUUUCAGUGGUGGAACACUUAUGAAGCAUCACAUGGGAAGCAGAGAGCCCAUGAUCCUAGAUAUUCAUCUCUACUUAAUCACCUUCGCUUUUACCUUCCUGAAAUUUUCCCACGGCUGGAUAAGAUAGUAUUUCUCGACCAUGAUGUGGUGGUCCAAAGAGAUCUAAGUGGUCUCUGGACUAUCGAUAUGAAGGGGAAAGCUAAUGGUGCAGUAGAGACGUGCCAAGAAGACAAGUCUUCAUUCAGAAGGAUGAAUAUGCUCAUCAAUUUUUCAGAUCCGAUGGUCGCCAAGAAGUUUGAUGCCAAUGCAUGUACAUGGGCAUUUGGGAUGAAUUUAUUUGACCUAAGACAGUGGAGGCAACAUGAUUUGACCUCAAGCUACCGUAGAUUCCUACUAAAGGGUAAUGAAAGCCCUCUUUGGAAGGCAGGAAGUUUGCCUUUAGGUUGGGUCACUUUCUAUAAUCGGACAGUACCUUUGGACCAACGAUGGCAUCUUCUAGGAUUAGGGUUUGAUUCAGUGUUGAAGUUGGAGGACAUUGAACAGGCAGCAGUUUUACACUAUGAUGGAAUCAUGAAACCUUGGUUGGAUAUUGGGAUAAAGAAGUACAAAGCAUACUGGAUCAAAUUCGCCAAUUUUGAUCAUCCUUACAUGCAACAAUGUAAUCUUCACGGGUAAUAGUGUAUUUAGUUCAAACUGAAACUUUAGAUCACACGUUUGUUUGGAACCACAUGAAGGAAGGUUCCUCUUACCAUACAUACACCCGAGGCAUGUCGGGGGAUUGCAGAUACAUCAAAGAUCAGGAAUGUUGGUUACCAACAGCAGCAGCAACAACUCACAUUAUAUUCUUUUGCCAAUAUUGGCACGUCAUUAGCUGAUCUUCUUGAGUCAUACAAACAGAUACAAACAUAGUUCAUUCUUUGUUCUGAUAAUUCAUGUAAAUUCAGCUGAUAUAAUUUAUUCAUUUUCCCGGUUAUCCUGCUCAGAAUAUUAGGGAGCUGAUCUGAGCCAGCUUAUAGCAAUAGUGAGGGCAGAACGAGACAUAUCUUGCAGAGUUUUUGUAAUGACAGUCGCUUUACUUGUAUAUAACUCGUUCAGGAGCUCAUGUAUCUUAGAUUUGGUUCAUAAUUGAAUGAAAUCUGUUAUAUUCA